AAUAGUUAUUUAAAUAAAGGAAACAGGGAAGAAACACAUUGUAAAUUUAUGUUAUGUAUUUAAUAAUUAAAAAUAACAUAAUUGCCACACCACUUUUCUAAUACCUGUACACAUGCAUAAUGUAUGUAUCUUUUUUCUUUAAUUUUUUCUUAUUUGGAAACGUAUAAUGUUGUUGUAUACAGUAUCUUGUUUACAAUUCAAUUACUAUGGUGAAAGUAUAACUGUGGGAAUGGCUGUUACAGUAAAAAAACUGAUUAUUAAUGUAAAUUAGGUAAUGCAUUAUUUUUUUAAGUGGUAUUGCUACUUGUUUAAUACUAAGCAGACCUUGACCACAAUCUAAAUGUAAUUACUUAUGAACAAAGAGUAUUUACUUAUGAAGUUAACAUAAAGCGGUACAUUUGGUUAAAAUAAAGUAGUGUUUAGAUUUUUGAGACCUCCCACACAGAUAGCAGUUAAAUGAAUAGUGAUAUUUUAUAACAAACCAGAAUGCACAACAACGUAGUUGAGUGGACUUCAAAAGACGUGGAAGAAUGGUUGAGAAAAGAAGACUUCGACGAAGAAACCAUAGGCCUUCUUUGUAUAGAAAACAAGGUAAAUGGCAAAUGUUUGAUCGCAUUAAAUGAUAAUGAUUUUGUAAUGGCCCCGUUAAGUAAGCUUAAUUUACGAGAACGAAAAACCUUAUACUUGGCUGUGAAAACCCUGCAAAGAGAAAACCAAAAUACUUUAGUUAUGCUGGGAAUAUUAGAACUUCCAAACAUCAAUAUGUACAAUCCACAUAAUUUGCACUUUACAAAACACGAAUACAGUGAAUAUUUUGAGUCUGACCGAAUCACCCCACCCCUUUCUGAAGAGGGUCGCCCUCAACGUCUUCCCCCAGAGAUAUGGAAGGCAUUUCUUGCUUUUUGCUAUUUAGUUUUGGUGACAUGGAUAACAGCAUUUGUAAUGGUAAUUGUGCAUGACCGUGUACCUGACAUGAAGAAGUAUCCACCUCUUCCUGAUAUAUUUUUGGAUAAUAUUCCCCAUAUUCCUUGGGCUUUUGAUAUGUGUGAAAUUACAGGGACUUUCUUAUUUACUGUUUGGUUAUUAGUACUGCUAUUUCAUAAACACAGGUUCAUUUUAAUGAGACGUUUUUUUGCUCUAUCUGGUACAGUUUUUUUAUUACGUUGUAUAACAAUGCUAAUAACAUCACUCAGUGUUCCUGGAACACAUCUACAGUGCCAACCAAGGACUCAUUCUUUCCAAGCAGAAGACUUAUCAUUUUUUGAUGACAUUAAAAUCAAGACUUCUCAAGCCUAUUUAAUAUGGAGAGGAGCAGGUAUGUCCAUUCAAGGUGUACGUACCUGUGGUGACUACAUGUUCAGUGGACAUACAGUGGCUCUAACGAUGCUUAAUUUUUUUAUUACUGAGUAUACACCUCAACACCUUUACUUCCUCCAUACUGUGUCGUGGAUAAUGAACAUGUUCGGAAUCUUCUUCAUUCUUGCUGCCCAUGAACAUUAUUCCAUUGACGUGUUCGUUGCCUUUUACAUAACGAGUCGUCUUUUUUGUUAUUAUCAUACUCUUUCUAAUAAUCAGGCGCUUAUGCAACAAGAUUCGAUCAGAACGCGUAUAUGGUUCCCCCUUUUGUCAUUUUUCGAGUCGGGCGUCGAAGGGCAUGUACCAAAUGAAUACGAAACGUUGAACGAAAUCGUUUUGAACAUUUAUUUUUUUGUAAAAGUGCGAAUAGAAACGAUAAGACGGUUUCAUUUUCGAAGUACAAUGCAAAACACCAAUUCCCCUGCAAGCAACAGCAAUCCUUCUGAAAAUAAAAAAACCAAGUAGACCAUCAACUCUUUAAAGGGAAAUACGCAUAAAAAAUUGUGAUACGUUUUUGCUUGUUAAUUUAUUCCAACUAUUUGUAAUCCGUUUAGGGCACUGCAGUGUACUCUGUUGUUUUCAUAUAUAGUUUAUUACUUAAUUGUAAGUUAUACAGAAAAUAAUAUAUACCUUGUAUUCGUUUUACAGUAAAAUGUUUUUUUAUA